AUGGGUAACGGAUCUGGUCAGCGGCCACUUUCUGAAGUGAGCCCCAUGGCUCAGAGGCGCAAUUCGCCUAGCUGGAACCAAGUUACCAAGAUGCCGCAUGGCGAAUCGCCUGCAUACGAUGUCUCGUCUCUGAAUAACAAUACCUCCCCACGCCUCUUUUGGAAGGGUCGUGACUCCCCAUCGCCGUUCCCCAAGGGAGCCGAGAAUAAAGCGCCAUAUGAUCCAGAGGGGUGUUAUUUCCCCGCAAAGCGCCCGUCGCUCGAAAAUUUGAAACGCGUGUCGAAGGUCAAAAAUCACAGCAUGUUCCUCGAAGGUGGUCAAGAGUAUGACCCGGCCUCAGUAGUUUUUCCCCAGAGACCUUUGGCCUCGGAGAGGUCUGCGCAACGGGACAGCCAGAUGAAUGUUGCGAAAUCCCAAUUCGACGAAGAUACUUCUCGCCCGUCAUCCCCGAGCAAAGACCAAGCAUCGCCUAGCAAGUCCUCGCUAUCCAAAGGUAGCCGGUACGGCAAGGGAUUUGACCCUCAGAAUGAUAUUUGGUCCGAGUAUGGCAGUGCUGGGCAUCGACAUGCGAAGAGUGUCACAUUUGACCACGCGCCUCCUCAAAUCAAUGAAUAUGAAAUGACAACACCGGAUCUUUCCUCAGUUGCAUCUGAGUCACGAGAGAACAGCUACGAGUCCGAGGAAGAGGGGGAUCUCAGUUUUGAGGCCGAGUCAUCCAUUGAGCGUGAUGAUAGCUUUGACGCCUCACUGGAAGAUGUCGAGAAAACCCCUGUUGUGUUGCCUGAAGACUGGCGUUUUAUGAGCCCAAGCACAAACAGUGAUGGCGAUCCCUUCAUCGAAGACGUUGAAGAAGGCACCACCGAGGACCGACCCAUCUCACGUGAAGGAGGGUCUUCUCAGCACACACGCGUCGAAUCGCUGGACUCAAAUGGCGAGCGACGUCCCCUCCCGCCUUUGCCAUCGGUCAAUCGCAUGUCUGGUGCGCGUCCAUCCUCGGCUGGUAAGCUGGCUGCUGCUUUUGAGCUCGGUAGCGCAGGCCAGCGUGUGCUCCCUGCACCUCCGGCUCCUGCCUCAUAUACAAAGUCUGAUAUCCCCGGCGCUAUGUCCAUAGAGGAAAGACUCCGUCUCAUGAUGCUACAGGACAGAGAUGAUGAUGAGACACAUGAUGACGACGCUCAGAAUAUUGAGGAACCCUUAGAGCUUCCUAGAGCAGAUGAAACACUUACAUCGAAAGAUGAUACCCACACAGAUGGCGAGGCCAAAGAGAACUUCUUUUCUCCGCCUCGCAUUUCUCGCGACUCAAUCUUGCGAGGAAUUCGCAAGGGUGACAGUUAUGAGGAUGACAGCUUCGAUGACUCUUCUCAAACUGCUUCCAGCCCCCAACGUUAUGACCAUUAUGACCCUGAUGUUCCCAUUCCAUCCAUGGAGAUCGACGACGAUGAUGACUCCUCCAGUGUAAUCAUUAAGCAGGAAGAGCAAGAUGAAGAUCUCUACUCUAUCACGGAUUAUUAUCAGAACAGGUCAGACAACAGCCUGUCGUCCCGUGACCAACGGGCCACAUACGACGAGGACAGCAAUUACUCGCUACGCUCUGCUGCCGAAGCUACCGAGCGCGAACACGCUGGACAUGAUACCCCCAAACAGGGGUCUGAAGAGACUACCCCUAAUGCUGAAACCCUGGCCGACGCCCAAAAUCCUGCACAGCCAAACGAGGAUGCCCAGGAAUACAAAGAGCCGAACGCCCCUCAAGACCAGUCCUUCGAUAUGGUGUCUAUCCGUCAGUCUCUCGCACGGCCUAUUACCCCUGAUAUGCAGCAAGACCAAGCUUCCGAGCCUUCUACCCCAGACUCUGUCAUUCGUCAUCCGAUUGAGGACGACGAUGACAAUGACGAAGACGAAGACGAACACCAAGAAGAAGAAGAUGAGGAGGAGGAAGAGGAGCCGGAGCCGGAGCAUGAUGAGAGCUCAUCCGACGAGUCUGUUCCUGAACCCGUCGCAACAAUUCGAGCUCCUGGUGCUGGUCUCAAGACCCGACCCUCACUGACCCCUGCGGAUAUGCAGUCCAUGGCUGCUACCCGCCGUCAGAUCAGUGGCCAACACGUUCCACCCGUCCCUUCAUUGACCAAGCAGAUCUCCAAUGACUCAAACCCGUCGGACCGUGAACAUAAGCAGAUUGACUUGCCACCGAAGUUGGGGCUGCCCACUGAUCUUGCCCAGCGACAAAGCAGUUGUUUGAAACUCGACAUCCCCUUCAGUAUUCAGGAAGAAAGUCUCGGUUUUGGACUGGACAAGGAGUUUGAUCGUGUCAUUGAAUCCCAAAAGGUUGCGUUUCACCUUGCCCUUUCCCAAAGCCCUGGUUCUGUACCGCCUUCCCAGGCAAUACCCCACAAGGAUCCCGCAACCCUAGGAAAUAGUACACACCCCGCUGACUCUCCUAUCCCCAAACAGAGAGGAUAUCUCAUGAGACAGAACACCAAAGUUAUUAUUGCCAGCAGCCGUAACGAAGAAGAAGCCAUGCCUUCUCCCGAACACACUGCCCAAGACCCGCGCGGUACACGUUCUGCUGGAUCUUCUCCACGCAAGCCUAGCCAACAGACCUGGACCACAGUUCCUUGGAACGGCUCAGCGCGACGCCCAAGUAUUAAGCCAGCCACCGGUAUCCCGAAGAAAAAGCCUGUCCCUGGUGCGGGUGGUGUCCCACCUCUCCCUGGACAGCCCAGCAAUGUUCAGGAAGCUCCCGCGACUAUUGAAGAAAACGAGCCAGCCAUAUCUGAAUCGUUCGAAGAUGGAGAAGAGCGAGGGCGUUUGUUUGUGAAGGUUGUAGGCCUCAAAUAUUGCGACCUUCCUCUCCCACGCGGUGAACGGUCGUACUUUGCACUGACUUUGGAUAACGGACUGCACUGUGUUACCACCUCCUGGUUGGAGAUGGGCAAGUCCGCACCCAUUGGACAGGAGUUUGAGCUUAUUGUCCAGAAUGACCUUGAGUUCCAGUUGACCUUGCAGAUGAAGAUUGACGAGAGCAAGUUCCAAACUCAAGAACCCGCAUCGUCGCCAUCACGCCAAAAGGCGUCGGCCCUCAGCCGUGUAUUUGCAUCGCCACGUCGGCGUAAGGAGCUUGACAUUAAGCAACAAAUGCAGUCGCAGCAACAGAAGACCAAGGACGUUAAUGCCCCUGUAUACGAACGGCUUCGAAACUUGGUUGCGCGUGAUGGUAGCUUUGGCCGCGCAUAUGUGGCUUUGAGCGACCAUGAGCAGCAGGCCUUUGGCCGUCCCCACAUUGUUGAUGUUGCUUGCUUCAACGAAUGGGCAGUUGAGGAACAAAUGAGCAGCGUCAAGAGCAAGAAGAGUGCGACCAGCAUCAACACGCAGCGUCGACCUCCAUACAAGAUUGGAAAAUUAGAAGUGCAACUGCUCUUUGUGCCUAAGCCCAAGGGUAGCAAGGAUGAUGACAUGCCGAAGAGCAUGAAUGCCUGCAUUCGCGAAAUGCGUGAUGCAGAGAGUGUUGCAGCUCGCUCCUGGGAAGGGUUCCUUUCCCAACAGGGUGGAGAUUGUCCAUACUGGCGCCGUCGCUUCUUCAAGCUUCAGGGAUCCAAGUUAACGGCCUUCCACGAAACAACGCGCCAACCUCGUGCUACAAUCAAUUUAGCCAAGGCCUCCAAGCUCAUUGAUGAUCGAUCCUCUCUACUUCAGAAGGAGACUAGCACGAAGGGUGGCUCCCGCCGCAAGUCUGCCUUUGCCGAGGAAGAAGAUGGCUACAUGUUUGUCGAGGAGGGAUUCCGCAUCCGCUUUGGUAAUGGUGAAGUGAUUGACUUCUACGCGGAUAGCCCCGCAGAUAAAGAGGGCUGGCUUCGAGUCAUGUCUGAAGCUGUUGGGAAGGGCUCGACCUCCGGCAAUGGUGCACUCAAGCCCUGGGCUGAUCUUGUGCUCAAGCGCGAGCGUAGCAUGAAAACCAACAAUGAGACUGCUCCUCGUCGUCCGCCCAGUGGGAUUCCCACACCACCUGCCUCGCUGCCGUCUCCGGUUCGGAGCCGAAACAGUGCAAUGGUGGGACCUCCAUCUUCUGCGGGAUCUGGGGCGCCGGCGCCUCAAUCCCCACGUCCUCGACACAAGCACACCUACUCUCAACCUGAGAUGGGUAGUGUUGAAGCGCGUCGACAGAAGACCCGCUCUCUCAUGUUCUAA